AUGUCAUCCCAGCUAAGCAGAGGUCCUAAGAGGACAAAUCGUCAGGCUGGUCCUUCGACAUCUGGGCCUAAAAGAUUCAAGAAGAAGAAGCGGUCCGCUAAAAAGGCUAGAAAAACGCCUAUGCCCGCUGUCGCUUCGGCAACUGGACCAUUUGGAGUGAUGAAGCCGAAGGGUAAGUGCCACCGUUGCGGGAAGUCAGAGCACUGGAAGACCAACUGCCCCAAGAAGGGAAAGAAAGGGUUUCUAGAAAACCAAACGGCUCAAGGGAGGAGAGAUUACCAUCUACAUAGCACCCGAGCCCCAGACCACCGUCGGCCGCCCAACACCACCGCCACGAGACGACCCAAGUUCACCGAAGACGUCCUGACACGACCCGCUCUCUCGCAACACCCAAAUGACGCGACCUCCCGGCUCUUAGCGACGCAACCCGCUGCGACCUGCGACAAUCCCGCGCCCAGGCCAGUGACCCGUUCCAGCGACGUCGUGCACCCGCGAGGUUCCCGCGACCAGCUAGACGCCCAGACGACCCGAGACGUUUUUCUCGACGCCAAUCGCAACCCGCCUGCUCUCAACCGCACGCAAGCAACCCGGGAAGUUUCGACGAGGCCAAGUCCGACUGCUCAACGGACUUUGUGGUUCACACGAUUUCCAAAAACAGAAUUCUAUAAGAGAUUGUUCGAUCAUCACCACUCUUGGAGAGGCGAUAACCGGCCAUCACCAAGUCCAUCGCCUCCGCCAUUGCACGAAGUCGCAGCCAUCGGAGCACCACUAGAGACCCGUACGAUGUCACACACCCGACGCCUCGACCGCGACACGUUCACAGAUAACAUACGCCCAACCGCGACGCACACGCGCACACCACAAGCAGCGCCUGACCGCGACACACACAAAGGACAGCACUCACGCGACCCGGCGAUCCCGACACAUGCGACUCGUCAAGAUUCAGAUGAUCUCCAUCAAUGA